AUGAAAAAAAGCAAAGGUGUUUAUGUUACUAAACGUGAUAUCAAGGAAGAUAUCGAAUAUCAUUCACACGCAAACGGAAUAAUUCGUAAAGCAUCCCCUGAUAGCUAUGGUCAGACUUAUGACGUGGGGUGUCAAUUCGAUACAAAGCGCGAACGAGAUAACAUAAUUUGUACUGGUAAGAAUGUUCUGAGUAGACCACACGAGGUUAGAUAUUUCAGCGGAUACCCCAAGCAAAUAUAUACAUACCACAGAUCCAAAAGUUUUACUAAUAUUGGGAUUGGGAAUGUGACAACGUUUCAGAGAAAGAAAGUAAGGAAGAUAUAUUUGCCUGAGACUAACGCUAGAGGUGUGGGGAGUUCAGAUUUGUCAUCGUUUAUCAAUCGAAGAACAGGAUACCGUAACGGAAGCUGUUAUUAUGAUAAUAAAAGGACAUCCUCGAAGUGCGUUGGCUCCAUAAACGAACACACCACUACAUCUGUGGUGAAUAAAAACCUUUCACCUAUAUUGCAAACAAAAUCAGGCGCUACCAGUCCCAAAUUUCCAGCAGAAAGAACAAAAGAUAUCGAAGUAGGUAAUACUGCUCUAAAAUAUUUAGUAACAACUACAACGCAAGUAGAAGACAAAUAUGAGAAAAAGUUAUCAGAAAUAACACUUAAUAAUACUGAAGAUAGUUCUGUAUAUAAAAAAAUAUCUAAACAACAAAUUAAAGAGAAAAUAUUUAAAGAAAUUAUAACUAAAGCGGCAGUUGGUAAUGAUUUUUCUUCAGAUUCUUUAGUCCAACAGAUUCAUAAUUUUGAAAGGCCUAGUCAAGCUAAAGAAAGUCGAAUGCUGUUAUCAGAGUCCAUAGACCCUAUGGAAAAUAAACUGGAAAGGGAAUAUCGAAAAAUGUUUUCUGUUAAAAUAAAAGAACAUGGCUCGAAUAUCGAGAAUCCGAUUCCAGAUUUCAAAAGUGCAUCAUUACUACGGCGUCGAUUUGAAGCUUUGAGACGUGGAAUAGCUAAAAGGGAUGAAUCCAAAAAAAAUGCAGUUUUAAUGACUAAAGAAUUGAGUCAAAAUAGCGUCCCUAGUCGCAAGGAUGUAUCCAUAGCUUCAGAUCCACCCUCACUAGAAGCACGCUCUUAUUCUAAAACAAAAAUUUAUAGUCCUUUACCAUCUAGCUCCAAUGAGAAAAAAAUUGUAACAACUCCUAUUACAACGUAUAAGAAAUCUUUUAUAGACAGAAAAAAUAGGGACAGUAGAGAAUGGAUACACACAGAACAUAGUGAAGAGCACGGAGUUAAGGGAAUGUUUAAUCUGUGGGGAAAAAAGUUUAAUUUAGAAGAAGAAAGCAACACGAAAUUUUUUUCACCAGAAACUUCACACAUCACAAAGAAAAAACAAAAGGAACUACUACCUAAAAAAGUGGAAUUUGAAGAAAAGAAAGAAGGUAGAAAUUUCUUCUUUUUUAAAAAGAAAAGUAAGGAUAAAAUAAAGCAGCCGUACAAAUCCAAACAAGGGUUUACUGCUGGACGUUGUGAAGUUAAAGAUGGUUUAAUGAUAAAUAUAGGAGCUAACACCACAAUUUCGGAAGAGACAGAAAAAAACAAAAUUUGUAAUAAAGUUUCUGAGGACUACGAAGAUAUAUUAAGAAAAUCUUGGAUACGUAAAUUUUUAAGUAGAAGAAUUGAAUCUAAGAACAGUGUCCAAAUUAGAUGGAAUAACAAAAUGUAUGUUACAAGUAGUAAUACAGUUUUUGAACUAAUGGAUAAUGUUUACAAGCAAACAGGAAUUGUUUUAAAAUCCCGCAGUGAAAUUACAAGUAGUGACUCGACUUUCAACUCAUUUACUAAAGCUCAGGUUAAUUUCAAACAGAACAUUGAAGCGUGGAUGAUACCAAAGACAAUUCCUGACAGACCUAUAAAAAUCGUUAGUCUAACUGAAAAUAACAAUAAGAACAUAGAAGUAACAAUUUUAAAUAGGAAAUGGUUUAUAGAAAAAUCUGAAGCAUUUGCUCACAAAAUAGAAGUAGUCCUGCAAUCUAAAAAUAUUGUUAAAAUUAAUAAGGAUCCUAGUUCUGAAUAUUUAAGAAUUGAUAUUCCUAAGGGAUUUUUCUCAGAUUCAACUAGUGAUAGUGGAAAUACUCAAACCAGUAACGAAGAAGUAUACAAAAUUGUGGAAUAUGACACUCCCGAUUCCAAAACUGGUUUUAAAGUCUGUAAUAAGUUAGGAACUGAUGAAUGCUUAAACUCGACAAGAGAUAUGAAGGUUACAGUAAGCAUUAAAGAUAGCGAGGAUUUAGAAACGAAAAUUCUUGAUACUAUAAUAAAGAGACCGCCAAUCAAUAUAGAUGUUGCCCAAGGCAGUACGGGUACCACUGCUAAGAGAUGUGACGUUAUAGGCGUAGGAAUUAUUACACAAAGAGAAUUAAGGGAAAUCAAGAAACCCAUAUUAAAGUACCAAAAUAAAUACUGUGAUGUAGAAUCAGGACAUUCUAUCCAUGUCAAUCAAACAAAAUGUGAAUUUGCUAAAAGUUACUUGCAAGACUAUUAUCGUCAUUGGACGCCGUUGGGUAUAGAUUUAUUCUCAUGUGUCAGCGAAUCUCAUUUACUAUGUUGCUCUGAGAUCUCUUACACAAGUUUAAAAAAUCAAGGAGAUGCUUCAAAGUCAUGCCCAAACAUUUUUGAUGAUUACCAAGCAUCCACGAUGCUUUCAUCUGGCGGAACAUCAUCUUGCAGUCAAUGUCAAAUCUUUGAUGAACAACCUAUAGAUGACAAAUUUCCUUCCAAAUUCUUCAGCAAAUUUAAACGAGAAAAUAAGUCGGCAUCAUCAGAAAAUAAUGGUAAGAGAAUAUUACCUAAGGACUCUUUUGAAGUAUUCAGAAAAAGAAAAUUGUAUGCUGCAAGUAAUAAAUCUAGAUGGUCUUCUUGUGGUAACGAUAGUCCUUAUUCAAAACCAAGCAUAGAAGAUAAAGAAGCACAGAAUACGUUAGUCGAUUAUCCAAGACUGACAAAACUGUGCUGCAAACCUAGAAAAAAGGCGAGUCAGAAACAUGUAUCGUUACCCGAAUGCGAUGCUAUGAAUAAUUCGAUAGAUGCUCAAUUGUCGAAGAAAUUACCAGAAGGUAUUCUAAUAUUUAAAGGAUCUACUUGCGAAGUCUGCAAAAAGAAAAGUUCACAAUGCCCAAAACAUGCAACGAUUAACCCUACAUCUCGUGAAAUACCACAACCUCCUUGCAAAGAUUCGUGCCAGAAGAAAAAAAAUCCUGCAUGUUUGAAACCUAAUUCACCACCGUGCAAUGUAUCCACAGGUUCCCCGUUACAUUCACCUUCACGUAACAAUCCAUGUCCAAAAUCCCCUUCUACUUGUCAAAAGUCACCACAACCACAACUUCCUGUAAAAAAAUCUUCAUCUCCUUCAUGUAUACCUUCACUUCCGUGUCCACCGUCGCCUCUCUUACACGGAAGACGACCAGCAAUUUGUAAAAUACCAUCACUAGAUCCAACACAUAAAAAGCAAUCUAAAAUAUCUCCAUGUCCGCCGACGCCACCUAUGAUUUCACAGGCACAUCUACCGAAAUCAACUUCAGGUCGUAGUUUACCACCUUAUCAUCCAUUAUCUCCAACAAUAUCACCAAACCCUAUCAAAAAAGCUAAAAAGAAAAAGUCUGCAACAAAAUGUAAUGCCCAAUCACAAGUCGAUAAGAAACCAAUAUAUCCUUGUGACGAAUGUAUGAAAUUACCUAGUCAAGAAUUUCCUUGGCCUCUAAAAAAUCAAGUUUCUAACAAAUCUUCUUUAGAGAAUUGUAAAUUAACAAAAUUUUGCACACCAGCUUCAAAUAAUAUAGGUUCUACAAAACCAACUUCUAAGACAAAAUGCAAGCCAGGCUACCUUAACCUAAACUCGCCUCCGAAGCCUCGUUCGAAAACUAAAAUAUCUGGGAUAUUUUUAAAAAAAGAACCGUCGAAUAAAAACAGUAAUAGUAAUGAGUGUAUAAUCUCCCCUUCACAUGGCCAUAAUAAUUCAAAUUCUAAAGAGAAAAUCAUGAUACGGGUAAAGAAAGAAACGCCAAGUAUUAAAGCAAUACGAGAAGGUAUGAAUAUAAAAGUGCAGGAUGCUGACGGUAAAACACUAUACGAGAGAAGACAUUAUACUUGCGAAAAAUCUAAUAUGAACAGAUCCUCUAUUUUAGGUGAACCGUACAAAGAUUCUUGCGUUAAUAGAGUUGAAACGCCAAAUACAACUAACUUGCAGAUAGAACGGCAUAGUACGGGUAAUUUAGAAGACAAAAACAAUAUUGAUUUAGGUAAUCCAAAAAGUGAAGCAAGCGUUGCUAAUUUGAUAGAAAUAAAUUUCAAGUUAAAAGUUACGCAAGGCGAUAAAACCGCAGAGUUUAAUAUCGACAAUAACGGCGAAGGUGCCGAUAAACCGAAUGCGAAAAUCCAGUUAGCACAAACGCCACAAGAUGUUUUUAUUCUGAAUGAUGAUCGUCCGUCAUCGACUUCAGAUCUUAAUGCAAAAAAUGAUGUAAAUAUUCGAAUAGUGAUCAAGAAUUAUAAACAAAAACCCUAUAAAAGGUCUAAUGAACAGUGCCAUAUCAAUAAUGAAUAUUCUAAGAAAAUUUCUGAAAAGUUCCAUACAGUGUCUACGGGUUAUAGUGACAUACGAAAUCAACUCGAUAAUGUUUUUACUGUACAUAAAACAAAUACAGAUUUUACACCUUCAACUGACAAUUGCAAAAAUCGAAAACCAAGCGAAGAGAUAAUGAACCACAUGCUUACUAAUAAAUGGUCCAUUCCAUCAAUUACGAAUAAACAAGAAAACCCUAGUCUUAAACAAUUACAACCAGAAAAAGUUAUUAACAGCGAUACUGAACAGGUUAAAUAUAUAUUAAGUAAAACAGAAAGUGAAAAUAUGAGUGUAAAAAUAGACGAAGAAACUCAAGAGGAAAAAUCAGAGAUACGAACUUCUGCAACAAAUAUGAAUGAACAUACUAUAGAUAUGAAUGUUACGAGUGAUGAACUAAAUAUUUACAAUAAUAGUAAACCAGUGACUAAAGCAGAUAAAAAGGAAUUGUUAAAGAAAAUAUUUGAAAAGGCUAGCAAUGAGAAAGGAAAGAUAAAAGGUAGAAUGAAGCACUUAAGGAAUAUGCUGAAAUUAAUUUUGACUUCAGACAGCAGAGAUCACGAAGAAAUUACAAUUACUAGCAAUGAAUUAGUUAAAGACGUAACUUUUGCCUCUUUAAAACCUAAUUAUUUUAGAGACACGGAUAGUAUGAAUAAUUAUUAUAAAACUGACAGUACACCAGAAAUGUCAGAAAUGGAAAGUACAGUUAAACCUGUGUAUCCAUCAGAGGAGGAUACAGAGAGUAGUGAUAGCGACUCAUCAGACAAUUAUAGUAAUGAAGUAAAGGGAUGCCUUUGUAGUAAAGUAGCUGCAAAAUUAAAUAUGUGUAAAGAAACAAAUAUUGGCGGUGGAUGUUGCUGCCGAGGUGCUACGAAAAAAACAAAAACCAAUAAUGAAACUAACUGCGAUAUUAGAACUGAAGUAGAUCUGUUUUUGCUGAAUUACAAUACACCUGAACAUAUUGACGUAGAAACACAAAACUCUAAAAUGAGUAGUAAAGUGAAUAGCGUACAAAAUGUAAAAUCUAAAAAUACUAAUAAACUAAAACCAUCAAAGGAUUUAAGUAAUACAACAAUAAAAAGAAUAUUAUCUCCUAAUAUGAGUAUAUGCAGAAAGCAAUCAAAAAUAGCAAUGUUAAAUAAAAAAGCUGGUAUUUUUACCGAAGAAAAGAUUGAUGUAAAUAAAAAGUCUCAUGAUUAUAUACAAACAAAUAUAAUUAGGGAUUUUAAAAAAGAUAAGGCAAGAAAACGAAAUUUGACUGAGAAUAUAUCCAUACCUGCUGAUAUUUUACAAUCUUAUGAAACCAAAAAGGCAGUAUUGGAAAUUUAUGCAGAAAGAACAGUUUCUAAAAAAGAAGAACGUUUGGUGGCAAAACUUCCAAAGUUUAUCUAUGCGAAAGAAAGUGAUUUUGUAAGCAUAUAUGAUGAAAUUGUUUCAAGUCAGAAUAGUAUUCGCAAUAAAUAG